ACCAAAAUCAAAAUGACAGAACCCAAUUUAAUAAGUGAGUAAAAUUAGGGUGAAAAAAAUAUGUAACUCAACCCAUAAAAUUUGCCGACCUCUCAAACUCAGAAAACAACAAAACGAAGCUAAAAAAAGCACACUGCCCCCAACCACGCGCUUCCCCCAGCGCGUUAGAUCCGUAUUCCCCCUAGUGGACCCCCCAACCCACGUGGCUGACCAAAGGUAGCGCGUAAGAUAACAGUAACAACCAGAAAACUACCUAUCCUCCAGACUAUCACAGUCAUCCCUCGGACAGCUGUAAACGAAAAAUGACCACCCAAUAGAAAACAAGCCCGUGGAAAAGUAUCAAGCUUAUUGGACCGUCGGCGUAUAUAAUCACAGCCAUUUCAGUUCUUAAUUUCUCUUACCUUCCAUUUUCAGUGGACUAUCCAUACUUGAAGCCUACUCUCGAACAAACUCCACACUCAAAAUGACUGGUUUAACUAACUAAAACGCCCCUCCGUUUCCCUCUUAUUUACAACCAUGCCAUCCCGACCUCCACCAUCUUCCCCACCCAUCCACCACGUCCACCACCGCCACCUCCUCCUCCCUCUCCUGACCGUAACCAUAACCCUAGCCUUUAUCUCCCUACUCUCCUUCCUCAUCUUCCUCUACCGCAAGCUCUCCUACAACCGCACGACGCCGUUCGACCACCACCAUAGCAGCGCCACUGCCACACCCACCACCACUCCCACCACCCCCACCACCGCCACCAACACCAAGAAGAAUAACAACAACCGGUUCUCUUACUCUGCUAUCCGGCGAGCCACCGGUUCGUUCUCGGCGUCGAACCGGCUCGGCCAUGGCGGGUUUGGGUCGGUCUACAAAGCCACACUCCCCUCCGGCCAAUCCCUAGCCGUGAAGCUCAUGGACUCCACUGGCUCUCUGCAAGGCGAACGGGAGUUCCACAAUGAACUCUCCAUAGCUUUGAACCUCACCAAUCCUCACAUACUCUCUCUCCACGGCUUCUCCACCGACAGACGCGGACGGAAGCUCUUGUUGGUGUACGAGCUCAUGCCGAAUAGGAGCCUGCAGGAGGCUCUAUUGGAUCGCAGUGUCCGGAGCUGCCUGGUUUGGAAGAAGAGGUUCAGUGUUGAUUUGGGGCAAGAGAGGAAGAAGAGGAAGAUCAUUAACUCCAGCCUUACACGGAGUAUUGAUUGGUGGUUGGAUGGAUUGGGUGGUGAAAUUAGAAGUGGGAGGAGGAAUAGCCAAGAUUGGGGUAGUACUUGUGGUGGUGAUGUUCCAAAGAGUGGUGGUAUUAGUAGCACACCAAGCAUGAGAGGCACAGUUUGUUAUGUUGCCCCUGAAUAUGGUGGCGGUGGGCAGCUCUCUGAGAAAUGUGAUGUCUAUAGCUUUGGGGUAUUGGUUUUGGUCUUGAUUUCGGGUCGGAGGCCUCUUCAAGUCACGGCCUCCCCCAUGUCAGAAUUCGAGAGGGCCAAUCUAAUUUCAUGGGCCAGGCAGCUUGCUCGAAAUGGGAAGCUUUUGGAUCUUGUCGACCAGUCUAUACAUUCUUUAGAUAAGGAAGAGGCAUUGCUUUGUAUCACAAUUGCAUUGCUAUGUCUGCAGAGAACACCGGGCAAGCGGCCAACGAUGAAGGAGAUUGUGGGGAUCCUUUUGGGUGAAGCAGAGCCACCCCAUUUGCCCUUCGAGUUUUCACCUUCCCCGCCUUCCAAUUUUCCGUUCAAGUCCCGGAAAAAGGCCCGGUGAGUUUGUGGGAUUUUGUUAACUGUAGAGUGUACUUUUGUAGGUCCUUUCUAAUUAUCAUGUUUUGUAGAAAUUCAUGCUUUAAAGGAAAGAAAAGUUGCAUCAUAUUCAUAAACUCA